AUGCCUUCAAAGAGCCUGUACCCUGACUUGCCAAUUCCAGAUGUGGAUCUCUGGGCGUUUCUCUUCGAAAGGAAGGACAAGCCAUAUGCCGAUGACAAAGGCAUGUUCACAUGUUACGUUCGAGAUACGGCCAUCACGUUUGGCAAAGGGCUGAAGUCACUCUGGGAGUGGCAAAAAGGCGACGUCCUCGCCUUGUACACACCCAACUGUAUCGACACACCUGCAAUAACAUGGGGUUGUCACUGGGCAGGAGGUAUUCUCUCUCCAGCGAACCCAAACUACACUGUUGAGGAACUUGCGUUCCAACUCAAGGAUUCCGGAGCGAAGGCUUUGGUGACCCAGCUUCCUUACAUCAAGAAUGCGCAAGAGGCUGCGAAGCAAGUUGGCAUCCCUCUUGAUCGCGUGAUCGUAAUGGGUGAUCAGAAAGAUCCGUCUUACAAAGUGAAGCAUUUCACUAGCAUCGUUAACACAGCUGGAACAUCGAGAUGGCGAAGAACAAAGGCCACCAACCCGUCAGAAGACCUGGCGUUCUUGGUGUACUCUAGUGGAACUACAGGUCAUCCUAAGGGUGUAAUGCUGACCCAUCGCAACAUCGUCUCCAACACAAUGAUGAUCAAAGCUGCGGAGGCUGGUAAACUGCAGCCAACUGGCGGACCAACUGGUGAAGGUGAUAAACUUCUGGCUUUCCUGCCAUUCUUCCACAUCUACGGCCUGACUUGCCUGAUCCACCAGAGCUUGUACUCUGGGCUUCAACUUGUUGUAAUGCCAAAGUUUGACCUGGAGGACUUCUGCAAGUUCAUUCAAGAGCUCAAGAUUACAUUUGCUUACGUAGUACCGCCGAUCGUUCUACUCCUCAGCAAACAUCCUUUGGUAUCGAAUUAUGACCUGAGCUCAAUCAGGAUGAUGAACUCUGGCGCAGCGCCUUUAACUAGGGAGCUCGUAGAUGCAGUCCAUGAUAGAUUGAAGAUUCCAGUUAAGCAAGGAUACGGUUUGUCAGAAACUAGCCCCACAACACAUACUCAACCAUGGGAGGAUUGGAACAAGACCAUCGGAUCAGUAGGCAAACUUCUGCCCUACCAGACAGCAAAAUACAUGUCUCCAGAGGAGAAAGAGAUGGCAGUUGGGGAGGUUGGCGAAUUGUGGAUCAAGGGCCCCAACGUCUUCAAGGGCUAUCUGAACAAUCCUGAGGGAACUGCGCAUGCGAAGACAGCAGAUGGAUACUUCAAGACAGGCGACGUUGGAUACCAAGACAAGGACGGAAACUUCUUCAUUACCGACCGCGUGAAGGAACUCAUCAAGUACAAGGGAUUCCAGGUACCACCUGCGGAGUUGGAGGGUAUCUUGGUCUCGCACCCCAAGAUUAACGACGUGGCUGUGAUUGGAGUGUACUCGAAGGAUGAUGCCUCUGAGCUGCCGCGCGCCUACAUCGUACCCAAGGAUGGGCUUGGCAAGACCGAUGAAGAUGCAAAGGAGAUCAUAGACUGGCUGAGCGCAAAGGUCGCGCAUCACAAGAGACUACGCGGCGGAGUGAGGUGGGUCGAUGAGAUUCCCAAAUCUGUAAGCGGUAAGAUCCUCAGACGGAUGCUCAAGGUGAAGGCGCAAGAAGAGGAGGACGCUAAGACCAAGGCGAAGCUGUAG